AUGGAAAUUAAAAAAGUGACACUGCAGAUCCUGAGGCUGAGAGGAGUGCAGCGAGCGGCUCUCCUACCUGACCGCGUGCGAGCGAGGCGGACGCUGGUCCUCAGGGUCCCGAUAGAUUCGUCAUCCCACGCCGGCGGCAGAAGGGAAUACCCCCACCAUGGACUUCCAUGGCGCCGCCCGACUCAGCUCGCAGACGCAGCACACACUAAAAGCUCCAUCGAACCCAGUCUCACAGACACAGCACACAGUGAAAGCUCCGCCGGACCCAGUCUCACAGACACAGCACACAGUGAAAGCUCCGCCGGACCCAGUCUCACAGACACAGCACACAGUGAAAGCUCCGCCGGACCCAGUCUCACAGACACAGCACACACUGAAAGCUCCAUCGAACCCAGUCUCACAGACACAGCACACAGUGAAAGCUCCAUCGAACCCAGUCUCACAGACACAGCACACAGUGAAAGCUCCGCCGGACCCAGUCUCACAGACACAGCACACAGUGAAAGCUCCGCCGGACCCAGUCUCACAGACACAGCACACACUGAAAGCUCCGUCGGACCCAGCCUCGCAGACACAGCACACAGUGAAAGCUCCACCGGACUCAGCCUCACAGACACAGCACACACUGAAAGCUCCACCGGACCCAGCCUCGCAGACGCAGCACACACUGAAAGCUCCACCGGACCCAGCCUCGUAGACACAGCACACACUGAAAGCUCCACCGGACUCAGCCUCACAGACACAGCACACAGUGAAAGCUCCGUCAGACCCAGCCUCGCAGACACAGCACACAAUGAAAGCUCCGCCGGACCCAGUCUCACAGACACAGCACACACUGAAAGCUCCGCCGGACCCAGUCUCACAGACACAGCACACACUGAAAGCUCCGUCGGACCCAGCCUCGCAGACACAGCACACAGUGAAAGCUCCGUCGGACCCAGCCUCGCAGACACAGCACACACUGAAAACUCCACCGGACUCAGCCUCACAGACACAGCACACAGUGAAAGCUCCGUCAGACCCAGCCUCGCAGACACAGCACACACUGAAAGCUCCACCGGACCCAGCCUCGCAGACACAGCACACAGUGAAAGCUCCAUCAGACCCAGUCUCACAGACACAGCCCACAGUGAAAGCUCCAUCAGACCCAGUCUCACAGACACAGCCCACAGUGAAAGCUCCAUCAGACCCAGUCUCACAGACACCGCCCACAGUGAAAGCUCCGUCAGACCCAGUCUCACAGACACAGCACACACUGAAAGCUCCACCGGACCCAGUCUCACAGACACAGCACACACUGAAAGCUCCGUCGGACCCAGCCUCGCAGACGCAGCACACACUGAAAGCUCCACCAGACUCAGCUUGCAGACGCAGCACACAGUGAAAGCUCCACCGGACUCAGCCUCACAGACACAGCACACACUGAAAGCUCCGUCGGACCCAGCCUCGCAGACGCAGCACACAGUGAAAGCUCCACCGGACUCAGCUUGCAGACGCAGCACACAGUGAAAGCUCCACCGGACUCAGCCUCACAGACACAGCACACACUGAAAGCUCCGUCGGACCCAGCCUCGCAGACGCAGCACACAGUGAAAGCUCCGUCAGACCCAGUCUCACAGACACAGCCCACAGUGAAAGCUCCAUCAGACCCAGUCUCACAGACACCGCCCACAGUGAAAGCUCCGUCAGACCCAGUCUCACAGUGAAAGCUCCGUCAGACCCAGUCUCACAGACACAGCCCACAGUGAAAGCUCCAUCAGACCCAGUCUCACAGACACCGCCCACAGUGAAAGCUCCGUCAGACCCAGUCUCACAGUGAAAGCUCCGUCGGACCCAGCCUCGCAGACACAGCACACACUGAAAGCUCCACCGGACCCAGCCUCGCAGACGCAGCACACACUGAAAGCUCCACCGGACUCAGUCUCACAGACACAGCACACAGUGAAAGUUCCACCGGACCCAGCCUCGCAGACGCAGCACACACUGAAAGCU